GCAGUAGCACGAGUCUGACGUUUAAUACAGGGGAAAAGUCGCCGAUUUGUACUGUAUUGGGGGUGUCAGGGCUGGGGCUGAAGAUGUGGAUCUUAGUAUGCUGCAUUAGCUUUUUACUCGCUGUUUGCAGGGCGGACGACAUCGUGGUGGGCUGUGGGGGAUUUGUCAAGUCGGACGUGGAGAUUAAUUACUCACUUAUUGAGAUUAAGUUGUACACCAAGCAAGGAUCCUUAAAAUACCAGACGGACUGUGCACCGAUAAACGGAUACUUUAUGAUCCCUCUCUAUGACAAGGGAGAUUUUGUGUUGAAGAUUGAGCCACCCGUGGGAUGGAGCUUUGAGCCUACUAGCGUGGAUCUCCACGUAGAUGGAACCAAUGACAUCUGCACCAAAGGAGAAGAUAUUAACUUCGUUUUCACAGGCUUCUCCGUGUCGGGAACGGUGUUAAGCAAAGGGCACCAGCAGGGUCCUGCGGGGGUGGAGGUGAGCCUGCGUAAGGAAGGAGCCGAGGGCAGCCUGCAGACUGUCCUUACACAGCAGGGAGGAAAGUACACCUUCUUCAAAGUACUGCCUGGCAGUUAUGACAUCACUGCAUCCCAUCCAUCCUGGACUUUAGAGAAGAGCAGUACUUCAGUGUGGGUCUCCAACGCCAACGCUCCAGCCGCACUGCCCCUGGUGGUGGGAGGCUAUGAUGUUUCAGGGGAAGUGCGUAGUGAUGGGGAGCCCAUGAAGGAGGUCACCUUCUUGCUCUUCUCAGCCACAGUCAGGAAGGAGGACAUCACUGGGUGCAACAGCGCCCCCGUGGAAGGCUCUCUGCCCGAUGCUGACGCCCUCUCCUUCCUGUGCAGCGUUGUCUCUCGGGAGGACGGCACGUUCACCUUCCCCUCGUUGGCCAGCGGGGAAUACACCGUGGUUCCUUACUACAGAGGAGAGAGGAUCACCUUCGACGUGGCUCCCUCUCGCAUGGUCUUCAGAGUGGAGCAUGACAGCCUGCAGCUAGAGCCGAUCUUCCGUGUGAUGGGCUUCUCCGUGACCGGCAGGGUGCUGAACCGGCCCGAGGGGGAGGGCGUGCCCAGCGCCACGGUGACUCUCAACAACCAGAUCAAGGUGGUAACCAAGGAAGACGGAUCCUUCCGCUUGGAGAACAUGACGGCGGGUACCUACACCAUCCGCGCCCACAAGGAGCUCAUGUUCUUCCACCCCAUCACCGUGAAGAUCGCCCCCAACACACCCCAGCUUCCCGACAUCAUUACUACUGGGUUCAGCGUAUGCGGUCAGAUCUCCAUCAGCCGGCUUCCCGAAGGCCUGAAACAGCAGGGCCGGUACCGAGUGACUCUCACGCCUCGCGGGCAGGACAAGGGUUCCAGCCGUGCUGUCGAGUCUGACCAGCAGGGGGAGUUCUGCUUCCAGGCAAAACCUGGGGACUACAGUGUUCAGGUCUCUCUCCCCGAGGCCGAGGUGAAAGCCGGCCUGGACCUGCAGCCUCAGGCGCUUGACAUCUCGCUUGUCGACCAGCCUUUGUCCAAUCUUCUCUUCACCCAGUUCAUGGCCUCCGUUUCCGGCAAGGUCUCCUGCCUGGCGGCCUGUGGGGACCUGACGGUGACCCUGCAGCCUGUGAGCCGUCCUGGUGACAGGGUGAACGUGCAGCUCUCCGGGAGGGACGACUCGCUCACCUUCUCCUUCGUCGACGUCCUUCCCGGCAAAUACAAAUUGAGUAUCUCCCACGAGGAGUGGUGUUGGAAGCACAAGUCCAUGGAGGUGGAGGUGCAGCAGGCCGACGUGCUUGGGGUGGAGUUCCGGCAGACGGGCUACAUGCUGCGCUGCGCCCUGUCGCACGCCAUCACGCUGGAGUUCUUCCAGGAUGGCAGCAAGCCUGAGAACGUGGGUGUCUAUAACCUUACAAAGGGGGUCAACCGUUUCUGCCUCUCCAAACCAGGCGUGUACAAGGUGACGCCUCGUUCCUGCCACCAGUUUGAGCAAGAUUAUUAUACAUAUGACACCUCUGCCCCCAGCAUCCUGACACUGACAGCAGUCAGACACCACAUGACUGGCCUCAUCACCACAGACAAGAUCAUGGACGUCACCGUCACCAUCAAAUCGUCCAUCGAGAGCGAGCCGGCUCUGGUGCUGGGGCCCCUGAGGUCCCUACAGGAGCAGCGGCAGGAGCAGCAGCUGCUGGAGAUUGAGCUACGGAGGCAGGAGAGGGAGCGACGCGGGGAGGAGGACCCCGGUGCCAAGGAGAGCCCCCCGGUGCAGGAGCGGGCGGAGGAGCUGCGUGGGCCCUUCCACUAUGAGUUCUCCUACUGGGCCAGGGCUGGGGAGAAGGUCACUGUGACCCCAUCAUCCAAGGAGCUGCUAUUCUACCCCCCCGAAGUGGAAGCCACCAUCACAGGCGAGGGAUGCCCGGGCCGGCUGGUGGACAUAAUGGGGAGGGCCGGCCUCUUCCUGGAGGGUCAGGUGUCUCCAGGGCUGGAAGACGUGGAGAUAUCCAUCAGCGAGAGAGGAUCCCACACUCCGCUAAUCACCGUCCUCACUAAUGAAAGGGGAGCCUACAGCGUGGGCCCCCUGCACAGUAACCUGCAGUAUGACGUCAGCGCUCGCAAGGAAGGCUUCGUGCUGACGGCCGUUGAGGGGACGCAGGGCGACUUCAAGGCCUUCGCCCUGGCGGGAGUCACUUUCGAGAUCAAGUCGGAAGACGGGCAGCCUCUAUCCGGGGUGCUGCUCUCCCUCAGUGGGGCGCAGUUCCGUUCCAACCUCCUCACCCAGGACACCGGCCUUCUCACGUUCAACAACCUGAGCCCCGGCCAGUAUUACUACAAGCCCAUGAUGAAGGAGUACCGCUUCGAGCCAGCGUCCCAGAUGAUCGAGGUGGAGGAGGGCCAGAUGCUGAGCAUCGCCAUCGCCGGCUUCAAAACCGCGUACAGCUGCUAUGGUGCAGUGCUGUCCCUGAGCGGAGAUGCAGAGCAGGGCGUGGCGGUGGAGGCCGUGGGGCAGGGCGAAUGCAGCCUGUACAGCGAGGACACCGUCACCGACGAGGAGGGCCGCUUCAGACUGCGCGGCCUGCUGCCGGGGUGCAGGUAUCUCAUCCAGCUGAGGGCCGAAGGCAACGACCACAUCGAGAGAGCCCUGCCUCAGCACAGGCCCAUACAGGUCGGGAGCAGCGACAUCGAAGGCAUCCACAUCAUCGCUUUCCGGCAGAUUAAUCAGUUUGACCUGAGUGGUAACAUCCUGACCUCCCCAGAGCACCUGUCCUCCCUCUCUGUAAAGCUGUUCAAGAGUGACAAUCUGGACAAUCCCAUCCAGACAGUGACCCUGGGCCAGUCGCUGUUCUUCCAUUUCCGCCCUCUCCUCCGGGAUGGAGAGAGCUACGUGCUGAUGCUGCACACCACCCUGCCCAGCACUCAGUACGACUACAUGCUGGCCCAGGUCUCCUUCACCUCCAGUGGAUACCACAAGCACGUCACGUUGACCUUUAACCCCAUGCGCCGAGUGCCUGACCAAGAUGUCGCCCAGGGCUCCUAUAUCGCGCUGCCCCUGACGCUGCUGCUGCUGCUGGCGGCGUACAACCACGAGAAGGUGAUUCCACUGCUGAUACAAUUGGUGAGCCGGAUGCAAGGGGUGCGGGGGCUGGCCCAGGCUGGCGGGGAUGGUGCCGCCCUGGAUGAAGCCAAGCGGCAGGCAAAGAGGCAGAAGACCAGGCGUACCUGAGGACCACAGAGACCGGCCUACAGGCCCUUCCCCCUUUCCCAAAAUGGGCGGGGCUGCAGGCAAGCCAGCAGACUGAUAUUGCCAAAAUGGAUUCUGUAUGGACCAGGAAAUGCCAAAUAUGAUAAUGCCCAGUGCAGGACAUCUGUCACGUUGGGCUUUGUGAUCGAGAGCCACCCGGCAUGUUCUGAAGAAUCCAUGCUGUCAAUAUGACCUUUUUUAUUUUUUUUGAACCUCUGUGAAUGAUCUGGGAGAUGAGGGGUCUCUCAGUGUGACUCCUCCCCCAUGGUUUUGUCUCUCUAGUGUGGGUGGGUUGCAGUUUCUGAAGAAUGGUGAAUGGGGGGAGGGGGGUCAGGAACAGGUGUUAUAUGUCUUUAAAACUACUAAUUUGGGGUAUGGGGUUUGAGAAGCUAAUUUGACUGUGAAAUGCUUAGGUGUGGUUGGGGGAUUGAGUUUGAUGGUCUCAGGAUGGAGGCAAUUUGGAAGGUGAAGAGUGACUGGAUUCUCUGAGGAUCCAGUGAUCAGGCCACAGGUAGAUGGUCAGAAGGCUUAGCCACCGUGAUUUUCCAUGUCUCUGCAUCUGAAGCUCCUCAGCAGACUGCUCUCCUGCUUCCCAUUAUCCUUCCCAUUGCUACUUAAUAAAAUUGUUUUUAUAUGUUUUGUCCCCCCCCCCCCCCCCCCCCCCAGAGUAGACGGCAGACAAUGCAAUCGUAAUUUAUGUUGACUUCUUGACCAAGUCAAGUUAAAAAUAAAGACUGUUGCUGGAAUAAUCUUGCGGUGUUUUUCUAGGAACCAUCAAUGGGUGGCGCUAUUGUGCCGCUAACGAAUGACUCAUAAUACACCGGCGGACUGAGAUGGUCAGUCUGGUUUCCUAGAGUCCCUUCAGAAAUUCAGCUUGCUUGCAAAUAAGAAAAUGGUGGCUAGCAAGGAGCAGAUUUUUUUUCCCGGUAUGACAAAAUUCAGCAUUUUAUCAUCAUACUGCUUUUGUAUUUUAAAUGGUUUCUUUUCGGUUUAUUUCCCCGUGAAUAAUUGACUGACAUUCUCUUCCAUGAUUACCUCUCCUCCCCUAUUCAUAUUGGUUACAUAGUUAAAUAUCAAGCUGUGAUCUGCAGGGCAAUAGCUGAGCAAAUUGUGAGAGUGCAUCGUUUAUUAGUGGUACUUGAAAACUUAACAUACGCUCAGCUGAGAAAUUGAAUUCAUACCUCAAACCUCCCCCAGAAAUGGUCAUCUGACAUAAACGUAAAAAUUCACCCUGAUUUUUACCGUAACGAAGGAGUUGAAUAAAAGGACUUCUCAGGAACUCGUUUUUUCAAGCUGACGAUUAAAAACUAAUUCACUUGGUCCAGUAUUUUCAUCAUGUUGCUCAUUAUGCAACUAUUGCCGGUCACCACAUGAUUUUCUCAGCCACCCCUUCAUGCACUGGUCAAGAAUACGCGACGUUAACCGUGAACGGUUCACAGCUGGAUUUGUCCGCUCCGAGUUUUCGUGCGCAUAGUAACAUAGGAGCGCAUCGAGGUGAAGCCGGAGUGCGCAGUCUUUUUAUCUGGGGGACGCGGACACGGACAUGCUGGUGCAGCCUCUGACCCAGCAGAUGGAAACGCAAGCUGGAUAUUAGCUGGGGAAAGCCCUAGGUUCCGCCCUGCACACAGAUGCCGUUAUUUCACUCAGUAAAUAUGCCGAAUGAAUCAGGGAGCAGAUACCUGUUAAUCCGCCCAUCCAUCCGUUUAAAAUAACAUUUUAUCCGAUUAUCUUCGAUGAUCCGAAGGCUGUCGGGAGAAGCACAGGGCAACGGCUCGGCACCUUGUCAAUUGGACGCCGUUCCAUAAUACUCAAACUGAGGAAACAUUAUGUAUGUUUAAAAUGUGUCAUUUUGCUAGCGUAAACAUUUACUGUGGAUUACGAAAAUAAAAUAGACUGUUUCCCAGUUA